UUCACCUUGUGUUAUAUCCUAUUCUCUACGGCAUCCUUUUGGCAUAGCUACUAGGUGCUGCAGGUAUGGAAGCCCCAAUCCCCAGCUUCAACUGGUUUGUUUCCCCUCCUAUUCGCAUUCUCUACGUGUUUGUUCGAUGUCAACUUUACUGAUCAGCUUGCAGGGUCUUCCUAGUUGAGCUUUUGGUUUGUGGUGUUGUGUAGGAGCCCCAGGUCAUCCUUUCUUGUCGGGAGUGGCCGCUAACGGGCUACUAGCACUCUUUUUUUUCUCUUCUACUUCAACCGCGCGUUUUCUAAGAUACUUUCGCUCCUUGUCCGGAUCUACCUUAGGUGGAAGGGCCUGCCACACUAUAUCGACAUACAGUCGCUGCAGAUUUCGCUUCUUGCUGGAAGGAUUUUUUUUGGGAGAGUCACGUAUCAUGGUCCGAACGAAACUAUCGUAUUCGUCGGCGGGCAGCUUACUUGGCGUUACUGGUUGCGGAGGGUGCGCCAUGUUACCGUUGGAAUUGGUGAUAGGGGGAGGGAUGCUUCCGAGAGUGGGGUGGGGGGAAGCUCGAAGACCGAAGGGCAUCCAUGUAGAAUUCUGGUUGAGCUCAAGGGGCUUGAGUGGUUCAUCUACAAUCGUAGUCCGGCGUAUGACUACGUGAUGGAGCAGAUGGCACAGGCUGGGGCGGGGCCGGAUAGUGGAAAUGCCCCUCGGGGGGACCACGGCGGAGAUCUCGGGGGGCAAUUUGACGCAGCGGAAUCUCACGGUGAGGAUACUUCGACUCUAAAGGGGUCAAGGUCCAAAGCUCAAACAGAGUCCACAUCGGCCAGACGUACCUCCAUAGGAUCGUUGAUGGGAGAAAACGGCCAUACAGGGGAAAGGUUGACGAAGGACAAAAGCAUGGAAGAGGAGAAGUUAACCGUAAUGCUACGGGUGCUACCGAUUAGAAUCGAAAUCAAUCGAGGGGCAAUCGUCAUGGGGAAUAACAAUGUGCCAAGUAUUCUGGUUGCUCAUUUCGAGAAGGCUGGUGCAUAUAUUGACGCUACUAUGGUAUGUAAACAUCAAAAUUUUGGUUGAAAGUAUUUUAGCGCUAUGUGUUUCCAUUUAACUCUUUAACGCUCUACUUUCGAUGCUAGGCAUAAGGAGUAAGUUUCCUUGCUAAUAAUAUGCUAUCAUAGUCGCAACCUGUCGAUAAAUAUAAGCAGCUAUUUACCUUCUCGUUUACACAUCCUAUAGUUGAGAUGAAAACCAACAGAGAUUAUAAAGAGUCACUGAGUUCACGUGGUUCCAGGCUUCUCUCCAGCGACAGUCAGGGUUUAAACAGGGAGCCACAUGCGCAACGUAGCCGCCGGCAAAAACUCCGUGACCUAUUGCCGUUAUUUAGCGAAUCUACCGAAUCAUUCACCCCUUCAGUAAAGCCUAAGUCCGAGGCAAAGAAGCAGCAGGGUGGGGGUAUUGGAGCUGAACAGGGCAAAUGGAUGGGUCUGAGCAGGUAUCUGGACGAGUCGCAACAAGAAGAAAGGUGGAAGGUUGAACCAGUGGAAUAUGCGAAAGUAACAACCCUGGUGGACUGCCCCUCGGGAAGAUUGAGCCUUUACUGGGAUGCACCGGGGCCUGUGCCACCUCCAUCUACGGCGUCUACUUCAGGUACUGCAAGGGCGGAAAAUGGGCUGGGUGAAGAUAUCAACGGUUCUCAGUACUCGCCUCCAGCAUGGGGCGUCGACUUGGCAUUUGACGGGGGCACAAUUCACUAUGGCCCUUGGGCAGACCGGCAAAGGGUUUUUCUGCAAAACAUGUUUUUCCCUAGGGUUUUCAAAACCUCGACUCCGGCGAUGAGAUUGACUCCGGGGCAAGACCGUGUUCCUACAAAGUUUAGGUUGUUUGUGGAGCUAUCAAGCUCAACGAUCUUGAGGGUUCCAACUAGGGAGGAAAGCAAAGAUGAGAAGUACCGGCGCCGAAGGAACGAUGGAGAAGCGAGGCCAUUUGGUUGGGUUGAGGUAAAAGUUGGCCCAGAAAGUACCAUAAGCUACGAUAUGUCUAUGGUGCCCGGGAAGGAAGGGUGGGUCAAUAAACUGAACCUGGACUUGAAAACACCAGAGGUCAGGUCGAGUGUUAACCACGGUCUUUUCUGGAAAGCGGACAAUCAGUCUCUUGAGUGCGAUCUUAGCGGGCCCUUAAAGUGGAAUGCAAAACACGUAUGGAGAUUUGAUGUUCUAUCUCGAGGGCUAAAGUUGUUUAUUCUCCGGGAGCAUGUUACAUUACUGACUGAUCUUAUUGGCGAUUGGUCCUCUGGGCCACCCACAGAAUACUUGACCUUCACACCAUUUGUCUAUGAGAUUGGAUUGAGGUUCGAGGAUACCUAUGAAGUUUGCGUGAACGUCAAUGACCAGAACAUCAUUAAUAACCCAAGCGAUUUCGAGGACAAUUCAUUCAUAAUACUCCACGGAGCCGGAGGAUUACGGGCUAGUUUAGCGCUGGAUAUGACUAGGUUUAGGCCGGAUGACAGUACGGUGGUAUUUGAUGUUUGGCUCGAUGAUUCUGGCGGACAGAAAAAUAAGUUGGAACUGGGGGUGAGGCAGCCGGUUUGGAAUACCUGGAAUAGCUUCUUGGGGUCGGAGUUGGGGAUGAAGUUAGGGAGUGUUGAAGCACUGAGGCUUAAGGGAAGCUAUAAUUUCUACUCGGCUGUUGAACCGGGUCUAGUUGAUACCCUCCUCUUGGAUAUUAUAGGCGCAGGCUUGAAAUUGAAGUUAUUCGGGUUCCUGAUUCGAUACUUCCUAAUAGUAAGGGAGAAUUACUUUGGAGAGAAUUUACACUUCAAGACACUUGAGGAAUGGCAAAAGCAACGAGCGGAGGGUGGAACGCUUGCCCUUGCGGAUAACGGAGCGGCUGUAAAGAAUAACGAUCUGGACGUGAUUCUUAAUGUGGACUCUAAGGAUUGUGCUGUUGUAUUACCAAAAAGGAUCUAUGGUGCUGAAGAAGGGCUUGAAUUAAAUAUGGCGGUUGUGGGAAUGGAUAUGAGAUUCACGAACUACUACAUGGGUCCGUAUCUUGACUCCAUCUAUCUAUUACGGAUAAUCUGACUGGUUUUAUGUCUACAGAUCUUCAACUGGACCUUAGCCCAAUAUCCGCAUCAGUUACGGGCUCCCCCCAUACUUCACAGUUGUUUGUCGAUGGACUUACGAUAUAUGGUCACCGAUUGUUUGGACUCCCGCCAACUGAGCCCACUUAUAUAUGUAAUUGGGAUAUUGGCGUUGGCGCAGUCGUGGGGGAAUGUACCACUGGAUUCCUUCGUACAACUGUAUCUGCGCUUAAAGCUUUCAUAUUUGCGUUCGAAGAUGUCGAGAAUGCUCUACCUAUACCGCUAGGGCACACUACAGCUAUCCACGAUGUUACCUUCGUUAGACUAAACGUCAAGGCCAUGCAAAUAUGGCUUCAUCUCGACGAUGGCCCAUUAGCAUUCCGGAUUACUAGCGGUGAAAUAGCUUUCAUUUUGAAUGAUCUGGCGAACGAAAAGCAUUCCGAACGGAUAUCAUUGUCGCUCCCUGAUUUGACAAUGGCUUGUAUUGAUGUUGGGCGAGAUGCAGGCGAAGCAGAGACGAGAGGGUAUCUCGAGACUUCCUUAAAAAUGACUAUAUUCGAAAGGAAGAAAGAGUUCUCAAAACACCGCAGUUCUCAAAUGAAACAUGUUAGAGAGAGCGAUUAUAGAACAGGAAGGGCGAAUUUUCUUUUAAGGGAUGAUUUCGAGGGCAUUGGAAGUCGGGGGAGCAGUCUCUAUAAUGAAGACAUGGACCGAACAGAACCUACUCUUCCGUUGCCUGGGCUGCCUACGCCUAUCCGUGGUUUGUACUCUAUGCCAGAUUCCUUACAACAAAAAGCUUACCCAUAAAAGUAUUGGACGAUGAGAGAUUUAGGAUAUUUGAGGGGAGUUCGAUUGAUUGCGGAAAAUCGUCUCGAGUUACAACGAGCUCAAGAAGUAAAAAUUCAUUUCUCGCCUCAACAGGGUACGAGACUCCCUCGUAUGUUCCUUUAGCAAAAUACAUCUACCUAACUUUCUCCCAGGUCUGCAGGUCGGGCAGCAAGUAGUCGCAGAGCAGCGAGCUCACAUGCUCCAUCAUUCCAUUCAGCAGUAGAGUCUUUUUCAGACGCACCCUCCCCCGUGCCAGAUACGCGAAGUUUCAUUCGGACACCAACAUUGACUACAUUGGGAUCGCAAACACCUAAACCAUCAUCUACUCCUCGAACAUAUUCUAAUAGAAGUAUUCGAAAGCCCGCAUCUGGGGUCCGAUUAUCAAGUCCGUUCGCUCGGCCGAAUUUUCCGUUGGAGGCCAUAGAGCCCAACUUAAAGAAUGUCCCGAUAUUUACUAGUAGGAGUGAGCACAGUGUGGAGGAUGAAGCAGGGGGUUCAUCGGCCUUUGCCGAGACAUUUGUUGAUGAAAAAACGGCUCACAAAAGUGUCAUGGUUGAAUUUACGCCUGGAAUCAGAGGUCAUUGCACGGCGGUUGCUAUCAAGGCUGUGGCGCAGCUUUUGGAUUGCGUACAGGCAAAGGUAGGUCAUAUGGCGUUCGGGUUUGCUUAUUACUAAUACUAUAUGCAACAGACCCCCGAGGGUAUUCUGGACGCUAUCCAAGAGGAUGUUAUUGAAAAGCUUGCCGGCCUUGCCCGCCCAUCCAACGACUCAAAGAUAAUCGAGGUCUGCUUAAAGAUCCCCCAAUUCAAGUUCUGCUUCAUCAAUCCGAUACCUCAACAGAUUUCCAACGGUGCCCAGAGCUUGAAUGACCAGAAGCCAGAUGAGGACUCUUUUGAUCUUGAGCUGAGGGGCUUCUUAGUUGCGGCUAGGUCGAAGGCGAUAUUCCCUGAACAGAGUCCGGGCUCUCUGGAGAUUAAUUCAAUAAAACGGAUUUUUUCGAUUCACCUUCUCUUGGAUGGAUUAGAGUUGACAUUGAAACAACUAUUGGCUGGGUCCUCCGACCCGUUUACGAAGCCAGCGUUGGGCAUUCUGGUAGAGGAUUUGCUUUUCUGGGCCUCCACACAUGAAGCCUCUAACGCAUCUCUACAAAUCGAAAACGUUGUAUCCUCACUACAAAGCAAACAGGCGCUGUUCUUAUACGACGCUAUUGUUCGGACUGUUCCUCUCAUUGAAGAUAUUGAACAGGCAUUCGGCGCUCUCUCUGGCGAGCGCGACCGGAUGCCGGAACUUGCUUAUCGGCUGGCCGUUGCGGGCGCUGAACCUAAGCCGGGAGUAAUGAAUGAUCCACCCGCACUAACUCGUCCAUCAUAUGUACUUCGUUCAUCGUUGGAUCACGUGCGUGUUCACGAUUCUUGGAAGGUUAUGUCCAGGAUGCGCCAUAUUUUUCGAUCCCUUUCGGCAACACACAGACAAGGUGUGGACAGGCAAUGCAUUGGAGACGUGGGAAACUGUCCUCUUGAUGCAAGGCAACAGGUAGUAGAAGCAUUCGAGAAAUGGCGGAGCUGGGAAUUGGCAAAUCUAGAGCAUAGCUUCGUGAUCCGAGCUAUAUUCGGGAGUGAUCCAAAAGAGGUUGGUGGUAUAAUUCUCCCGGGUACUACGAAAGCUCGAGUCGUGCUAGUAGGCGUAAGGUUACUUGUUGAUCCAGGCCCGAUGCAGUGCGAAUUCUCUGUUCGCAAUAUUUCUGCUGCUGUUUCGACAGGUAGCCCCAAAGAGAGCAACACGGGCGGGCUCUUGACAGCGGAGUUAGGCCCGAGCAUAUCAGCGUCGGCAAUGGCGCAAGUCCAUUGCCGCAGUAUUGAAUUAUCCCUAACUUGGGAAAUUUUGGAUAUCGUGGAGGGACUAGCAAAAGCUCUAGCGAGUCGUGGGGGGGACAUAAAACCCCGUUCGCCUAGCGAAUCUCCUCUCGAGGCUUCAGGUGCGACUAGAAAAAAGAAACCAAGCUUCCAUCUUCUUUGGACCGUGGAUACCGGAUCGAUCUCUCUGGAUACGGUAAAUCUUAAGAGUUUCUCGAUAGCUUACGGAGUGCAAGCCUCACUAUUCGUCUCGGGGCAAAGAAUGGAGCUGCAAGAUUCCUUGGCUGGUAGUGCUCUAUUAAGGGCAGAUCUCGUGACUUCAGAGUUAAGUUAUACUGGCAAAAUUUUGAGCUUGGCAAAAGCACACAAGCCAAGCCUUUACGGCCACUUCGAUGAGCACAGUUUGGCUGUGACUCGGUUUAAUAUCUGGAAGAUCGCGGGUUCUUGCGGAGCCAUAUCUUUCAAUGUCAAGGAGGAGGUUUUAGGACUUAUGGAAGUCAUCGAUGUCAUAGUCAACGACGAGCUCUCGCAGAUAUGGAAGCUCGUUGAGGAGGUGAAGCAUAUAAAUCCAGCCACAAACUCGUCACCAAAAAGCCCUUCGUACUUAAAGAGGACUAUUCACGUCGUUCACCUGACACUAUCGUUGGAGGAUUUCAGUAUUGAGGCUACUCUUCUACCAUCUUUAGCUUAUCUAAUGCAUGGCAAUAGUGUUAGGCUCUCCACCCGACCUAUAAAUGCCGCCGAGGAAAUGAUUAUUGAUUUCGAUGUUCUUCGUCACGAGCACGAGAUACGGACAGGUUAUGACAGGCAACGGACGAGAAGAAUAUCGGCGUUGCAGAUACCUGCGAUUAAUGGCCGAGUUAGGGAUUGUAUUUCUGCUGAAGAACGGCUGUUGGAAGUUUUUCUAUCGGUGGAGGCUAUUCAGCUUGACGCGUCUUCACUUCAGAGCUUAUUCAAUGCGCUCAACAAACCGGAAGUUUCAAACGUAAUUGAUGAAGCUAAGGCUGAAUGGAUUGGCACUCAAGCAAGACUUGGCGAGAUAUUCGGGCACUCCAAAGGUACUCACGCAUCCCCGGUCAAAUCCGGUGUGCCCUUAGUGUAUCGUGCACACGCAGGCGUUUCCGGCUUGAAAAUACAAACAUCUGCCCCUUCCGCAAGUUUGGAGAUCGAUCUCGGCUCUAUUCAGGUGCACGCCUCCAACAGACCUAAAUUCGACUCAGAUAUACUUUCAAUUCCCGAGAUUCAUCUGGAGUUCCGCAAGAUUACGGUUGGGCUUAAUCAAGUUAGCGCACAAGGGGCUCUGAAUUCAUGCGGAUAUGUUGAGCUCCAUGCUUCUCUCCUUUUCUCAACUAAGAAAACUCCACGAGGAAAGCCCGUCAGAGCUUUCUUUAUUAAGAGUCGCUCGCUCCGGGUUGAUCUUUUUGCGGAGACUGCUUCGACAAUCGUCGAUGUCGCUGGACAUCUUCAAGACAAGUUAAAGGAUUUGGAUCUUUCAAGAGAAGUCAAAUAUCUCAGGAAACUACGGAAAUCGAAGCCACUCAUGGCGGUGGACUAUGCCGAAGCCGGUGAGAGUGGGAUUGAGCUUUUUAGUUCUAUGAUCGCUGUUGAGAUGAUGGGAAUCCAGGUGUCAUGGAUCGUUGGGAAUUUUGGCCCCUCUCCCCCGGCCAACCAUUCAAGGCAGAAUCUCGUUUUGUCGUUCAAGCGGAUUGAUUUCGCUACAGCCACAAGAAAAGAGAACGAGGCGUGUCUUACGAUUGAAGAAUUUCUGCUAGAGGUGGUAGAUUCGAAUACCGAACGGAGACAGUCGGCCAGGUCUGGGAACUCAGCGCUCAUGCCGAAGGUGAUCUUCAAUGCCGCUUAUUUCGUCAAUGAAUCGGACCGGCGAUUGGCAAUCCAAGCUAAGGGCACUUCGUUAGAUCUAAGAGUCACCUCUUCAGUUGUUCUCGCGGGCAGUGACCUUGAAAGUUCUAUUGCCACAGCGAGUGAGAAGUUACGCCGCGCCUCGGCGACAUGGAAGUCGACUCCAACUGAAAGCGGUGCCGAGAGGGAAAGUGUGUUCGGGACUAAAAGACUGGGCUCAGUUCUAGUAGAUGCGGAUUUUGCUGGAGCUGUGGUCCAAAUUAGUAAUGUGUCCGAUUCACCCACGAUUCCCGGGUUGUCAUCCGCCCGAGGAGGGGCAGGAUCUCCGCAGGGUCGUUACGGACAAUUUGCUCAUGGAGAAUUAAAUGGUACAACAAUCCUUCGGUCUCCUGGACUGGCUUUUAAGGCUGAAUAUGUUGCGCCUCCGGACGAAGAUCCAUCACUAAAUGCUGAGAUUAAGGUCAGCGCUUCAAGCAAUACUCUCUAUCCUUCCGUAGUGCCACUGAUACUGGAGAUGACCUCCAACGUGAAGGAGGUAAUGCGAGACCCCAAAGAAGCUGGGCUGGAGGAUAAGCAUUUGAAGGGGUCUCAGGGCGAGAAGGGAUCUUCACCAGACCCAGCAGCGAUUCUUGGACGUUGUAAACUCAACAUCGGCUUGAGAAUAUGUAAACAGGAGUUUACCCUCAGUUGUCAACCAAUUGCAAGAGUAGCGGCUUCUACUGAGUAUAAAGAGAUUUAUGUUACCGUUAGCACCUGUGAGGACUCGGAAAGCGGACGUUUCUAUGCCAUUUCAGCCACUAUAGCCGGAUUGCGGACUUCAGUGCGCCAUGUCUAUUCAAGAGAAUCUACCGGUUACCUUGAGGUUGAGUCUAUGGUUGUUUCUUUAAUGAAUAGCAAGCACCUCAACGGAUCUGAGGGUCUCUCAUGCAUCAUGAAGCUCAGUCCAAUGAAAGCCUUACUCAAUGUCAAGCAAUUCCAGGACUUCCUACUUUUCCGAGAGAUUUGGCUUCCUGAAGAAAUUCGUUCAAGCGCGCCUUCUCCGGUUGUUCCAUCGUCAGAACCUUCUUCAAUGCUAGUUCAAAGAUAUCACAAGGUUACAGCUACCAAAGCAUUUCCAUGGAAUACGACAAUGGCGAUCUCGGAGAUUGAUCUACAAUUGGACCUUGGUCAAGCGCUAGGGAGGACUGCUUUGCUUAUUUCAAACUUCUGGGUCGACUCUCGGAAGACUUCUGAUUGGGAGCAAACAAUGUGCCUUGGAUUUGACAUGAUACGGGUAUCUGCUACUGGGCGUGCUAGCGGAUUUGUUGAUUUGAAAAAUUUGAAAGCGCGGACCGCAAUACAUUGGCGUUCUGCUGCUGCUGAUGACAUCAUUCGAGCUCCUCUUAUUCAGGCUUCGUUAAGUUUUGAGCAGCUCCAGGUCAAAACAUCCUUUGAUUAUCAAGCCUUUUUAGUUGCCGACAUCACUUGCUUUUCCUUCCUCAUGUACAACGUUCAGAAGGAUAGUGGAAAUGUGGGAGAUCGGUUGGUGGGAGUGCUGGAUGGAGAUAAAGUGCAUGUCUACUGUACGGCGCAGAGCGCAUCCCAAGGUCUUGCGCUCUACCAAGCGCUUCUCCGGCUUGUUCAAGAGAAAAUAACAUCGUAUGAAAUCUCUCUGAAGGAUGUCGAGAAGUACUUGAACAGGCCUCUGCAACCAAACCAUACCUUCCCUGGGUCCCCUGGGCCCUCUGAAACCCCCUCUACUUCGAUCCGCAAGGAAAUACAUCCGCUGCCGCCAGUCUUCUUAUCGCUUCAUACUGAUGUUGUGGUAAGCCUCAAGGAGGUCAAUAUUGGUGCUUUCCCCAGCACCUUUUACGACAACCAAGUUUUUAAAAUGGAGGCAUUGAACGCUACCGCUAGAUUUGCUGUGGAAGUGGAGGGCGAGAGGCUACAUAGCAAACUGGAGAUGACUUUGGGGGAACUUAGGAUUGCGUUAUCUCAGAUCCGAAGAGGCGAAGUUCCGAGUCAGGAUUUUACUGUAGAAGACAUCGUGCGAAACUCCGGAGUCACUAGAGGUGGAACAAUAUUGAAGGUUCCUCAAGUCACAGCAUUUAUGCACACUUGGAACAAAGCAGGAUCGAUGGAUAUCGACUAUAUUUUUAAGAGCGCGUUCGAAGGUAAGGUGGACGUGGGAUGGAACUAUUCUAGAGUUAGCUUCAUCAAGGGGUAUGUGUUUUUGAUCCUUGUCGUGUUUGUGCUAAGCUAACCCCGAAGUAAUAGAAUGUGGGCAACGCAUGUCAAGUCCAUGGCGCAGCGACAGGGAAAAUCAGUGUCGAGCCCGCACAUAACGAUAAAUACGGAUGAUUCGCCACCUCCAUCUGAAGCAUCGGGCGAGAGUGGGGGACCCGGGAAGAAAGAAAAGGGCAAAAUAACUGCGGUUGUUAACGUUCCCCAAUCUCGAUAUGAGUACCACGCUCUUGAGUCACCGGUUAUCGAAACUCCGCAAUUGAGAGAUAUGGGGGAGGCUACUCCACCACUGGAGUGGAUUGGGCUGCAUCGGGAUCGUUUGCCCAACUUGACUCAUCAAGUAAGCAGUACAAUAAUGGGAUUUCAACCCGAUCAUGUUUUACUAGCGCUAAUAUCCUCAUAGAUUGUCAUCGUCUCUCUCCUGGAGAUUGCGAGGGAGGUUGAAGAUGCAUAUUCCAAGAUUCUUGGAACAAGUCGAUUGGAAUUAUCGGCGAAGUAAGUUGUUGAUGGGAUAUCCCUUGAUGCGGUAGCUGUGUUUCAAUUCUCGGGUUGUACUUGAUUGCCUUUUUUCCUUUUUUCCUUUUUUCCUCAUUUUCAACCCAGUGUUCUUGUUCAUGCUUUGGAGUAUUUAGCGCAUGGCGUUGGCUUCUAUUCUUUUUUCUUUUUUCUUUUUUUUCUGUAUUUUCCAUUAUGGACUUAGUUUUCUUUGUGAUAAUUAAUGGGUGUGAUUACCUCAGCUUCUGCACAAACUGUCGUUGGCGCUAACCCCGGGGCAAGAAUAUCGAUACGCUGUAUCAUGAUCUGGUGGCUCAUGGUGGAAUAUGGCCUAAUCAUUCGAUAAUCCUCCCUAUAUAAUAUACUGCCUUCAUCUC